AUGGUCGCGCAACAUAUGGCCUUACGGCUUGCGCGCCAUACGGCUCGAAGACAGCUGUUGAGGCCAAGCCUGACCCAGCGGAGAUACUUUGCUGAGCGCAACGACACACUUCUGAGCUCAGACCCAAACUUCAAGGCCGAGAGGACGUCAGUCGGAGUCGCGACUGGCCCAGGAGGACCCGGAAAUCCUGCCCCAUUUCCAGCUACACCCGCAACUCCUUCCUCGACCACGCCAGUGCCGGUACAGAACAAGUUGCCAGCGGCUCAAGCCGACGUUUCGAAAAUACAGACCGCGCCUCCUACUUCGACAGGCACAACAAGUCCUCCUCCGCCGCCUCCUGCCUCCUCGACACCGCCUCCACCUCCACCACCAGCACCAAAGAAACGCUUCCGCCGGACACGGUUCCUCCUCUGGCUUAUUGCCUUAAGCGCCCUAGGAUACGGCGGAGCAGUAUUCUACGCACUACGAUCCGACAACUUCCACGACUUCUUCACCGAAUACGUGCCAUUUGGCGAAGAAGCAGUCCUGUUCUUCCAAGAGCGAUCUUUCCAGAAACGUUUCCCAAAUGCCAGCUCAGCAAUCGCCAAGUCCCGGCGGACAACAGCUACCGACAGCAAGGAUACGGUGAAGAUACCCUAUAGGUCUGGUCUGUCAUGGAAGACUGUCGAAGAGGACGAUAGCAAGACUUCCGACGUCAGUCAGCGAGGCCGACACAUGAGUGCUGUGGACAAGAACGGUCCCACAUCGCCAGACCCAAAUGCAGCUACUCACAGAGAUGUGAAGAAGGCAACCGAUGCAGCUAAGGAGAAGAACACAGCCAGGCCGACGGAGAGCUUGAAUGCUCCCAAAGGCGACACAAAGGUCGAGCCAAAGCCAGUCCAGGCAAAGACAAUCGAGAAGCCAGCAGAAAAGCCAACAGCAGCGCCCGCCGGCACAGAAGCUACACAUCCUAGUCCCGCCACACCAUCGCCAAAGGCAGAUCCUCGCCCACCAGCUUUCGCUCCAGUCGAGCAGAUUUCCCCACUGAAGGUCCCCAACGCCGAAGAGCCGGUAGUCCAAGAUCUCGUCAAGAUCCUGAACGACCUCAUCACAGUAGUCAACGCCGACACCAAGGACACAGCCAACAAAUUGUCAGCCCCCAUGACCAAAGCCAAAGAGUCUCUCACAGCAGUAGCUGCCAAAAUUACCGAACUCCGCGACGCCGAGCGAAAAGCCGCUGAAGAACGCAUCAAACAAGCCCACGCCGAAUUUGACGAAGGCGCCAAGCAACUCCUCCAACGCAUCGAAACCACCCAACGCGAAGACGAAGCCAAAUUCCGCGAAGAGUUUGAAUCCGAACGCGCCCGUAUAUCUCAACUCUACGAAGACCGCCUCAAGAACGAAGUCGAGCGCAGCACCGCCCUCAAAAAGGCCUUUGCCUCCGAAAUUCAAUCCCUCGUCGAGCAGGAACGUGGCGGCCGCCUCUCCAAACUCACCGACCUCUCCACCAACGUCGACAGCCUCACGCAACUGACGUCCGACUGGAAUGGGGUCAUCGACUCGAACCUCGCUACCCAGAAACUGCAAGUCGCAGUCGACAGCGUCCGCGCUGCCCUCGCCUCCAGUUCCUAUAGCGAAUCCACACCCAAACCGUUCGUCCGCGAAAUGGCCGCCCUAAAACUCGUCGCAAACGGCGACGCCCUAGUCGACGCCGCUAUCGCCUCCAUCAACCCGUCCGCGUACCAACGCGGUAUACCCUCUCAGCCCCAACUGAUCGACCGCUUCCGCCGCGUCGCGUCCGAAGUGCGCAAAGCCGCCCUCCUUCCCGAGGAUGCAGGGCUGGCGUCCCAUGCAGCGAGCUUUUUGCUGAGUAAUGUCAUGUUCAAGAAACGGGGCCAGCCGCAGGGCAAUGAUGUGGAGAGUAUACUCACGAGGACGGAGAGUAUGUUGGAAGAGGGCAAUAUUGAUGGGGCGGCGCGGGAGCUGAAUGGGUUGCAGGGGUGGAGUAAAGUUCUCAGUAAAGAUUUGCUGCAGGAUAUGAGGAAGGUGCUGGAAGUCAGGCAAGCGUUGGAUGUGGUGGAGGCGGAGGCGCGGCUGCAGUGUCUGAGGGUGGAGUAG